AUUUAGCUAUGUGUUCAAAAUGAUUUAGUUAAAAACAAUUAGUUAAUUUUGUGUGUUUGUGAGCUCUGAUCUCUUAUGAUGCUAUGUAUAUAAUGUAAUUGACUAAUUGCUUGGUUAUCAAUUUAUGAUGAGACUUGAAUUUGUUGCAUGAGAAGCUUGUUAAUUUCUUAGUUAUCCUGCUCAUUGCUGAUUUUGUGUUCGUGUGCUAAUUUUGAAUUUGGAAAGAAAAUGUUUGGAGAUUGGUAUCUAGUUAUUUAGUUUUACUUUGUGGUUAUGAUAUUAUGAUUCUGCUAAUAAAAAUAAUAGGGAUGCACCUUAUUUCCAAUUUUAAUUUUGAGGGCUCUGAAAUUAUCAUUGUUAGAAUUGAUUGUUAAUUGCCUAAUUGAUUAAUGGUUAAUAGGUUCCGUUGCUGCAGUGUGAUUGUUAAUUGCUUAAUUGGAAUUGAUUGCUAAUUGCUUAAUUGAUUGCCAUGGUUAUUGUGUGAAAUUAAGAUAUUAAUGUAGUAUUGAACUAUUGACUAAUAAUAUGUCUAUUUUAUUUUAGAAAUUGAAACUUGAUUGUUGUUAAAGUGUUGAAGAUAUAUAUUUCAAAAUUUAAUUUUAAGUUUUUGACUAUUUUAUAUUGUUAUUUAAGUAGGACCAGGUUAGCCGAUUUAACCAAUAACCCACCAGUUGAACUAGUGACCCAGUAGUCUGAUUGGUUUGAUCACAUAUUCGGUUCUGAUAACUAUGGAGUUGUUUUUCCUUUUGUCAGUUUGCUGAAUUUCGUCUCAAGACUCUUGUUGAUGAUUGUGUUGUAUGACUUUUUAUGAGUUAGGAAGUUGAACUUAUUUGUUAAUUAUAUGUUAGCACUUGGUCUAUAUUAUUAGUUGAAAAUAGUUCAGGACAUGUUCUUAAUUUCUUAUUGCAAUAGAUAUGAUCAAGACUUUAGGACAUCUUAUCUUUUUUUUUUUCUUAAUUAGUGUAAAAACUGAAAAACUGAACCGAACCAAACCAAUUCUCAUUGGUUUUGUUUGGUUUAAUUGGCCUCACAAAAAAAGUCGAACCAAACCACACCGAACAUUUUAUAUAUAAUUGGUUCGGAUAACUUUUUUUCCAAAAAAGAACCAAAUUGCAAACCGAACACCCCUGUUCAAGAGCAUGCUUACAUCGGUUGAGCGACCAAUUGUGGUUACCACACUACAAUUCCUCUAUUUUUCUGGGAAGUAAUGGAACUGUCUUCUGGAAUUCGGAAGCUGCUUUCCGGUGUCAAAACCAACAAAUCUACACUUUUUAACCUGAACUCAAUGCUUUAUCACUGUUAUCAAGAUGUUUCCAACCUACAAUGCUAUCAGAAUGACUUUUCCAAGCUAGAAGAAUUGACUCGGGUUCUGGCGAAUGUGGAUGCAAUUAAUGGAAAACUUGUUGACACAAUUAGUAAUUCAACCAUUUUUGAUGAGCAGAUUAAGCAUGAUAUGUGUACCUUCAAGUCUCUUGUCCGGGCCUUUAUUGGAUCUCCAACAGUUCAGCACAAAAUGAAACAUGUUCUGGUCUCCACCAUGGGAACACAAAAUGAACCAUUUUCUCCUUUCAGUCAAGCAAGAGAAAGAGAACCUAUAGUGAUUGAUAACCUUGCCAAAGUGAGCAACUUUCUUGAUGUUUCUACUCAACAAAGGAAGGUAGUUCGUUUCAAAGUGUGUCCACAGGCAACCCAGCACCGCAUAUUGAUUGGUACACUCAAGGAAGUUCUGAAUAAUUUUAAAGUUGAUUUGGAUGCUUUGGAUUCUCAGGGCUUAGACAAAGAUACUAUAAUGGGUCAGCAAAUUGUUCUUACCUGCUUGAAGUUUCUCACUGAAGCUGCUGUUUCCAAUGAACCUGAAUCCACUUCAUGGAUGAGGCUUUCACCUUCAAAAAAUGUCAACACCUCUGGUUCCCGGAAAUGGGAAGAUGUUCUUGAGAUGUUCAAUGAUCUGAUCGAGUAUUUUAGAGCCGAAACAAGAUUAAAGUUGCAUGUGGCUAAGGCUGAAGUCAUGAAAGAAGGGCUUUUGCAAAUCAAGGACAUUUUGAUUGACAACAGUAUUGGAUACAAGGAAGCUAGACACCAAGAACGCCUGGUGCAAAAGAAGCUUUCCAAAACAUUGGGACACUCAUCUCGCUGCUUAUUCACACUAUUAUUAUAUUACCUAUUUGGAAGAGUCUCAGAUAUUGAAGUAGAUAUGGCUGGUGGAAUUUACAAGAGUGGAAGCGACAACAAGAACUGGUUGUGUAUGGGAAGAAUUUUGACUUCAGAUAGUGAGAAGAUGAUUGGGCGCGGUGUGAAGCAGUUGGAUAAAGCACUUAGCCUUUUCAAGUUUGUAUGGGAAACUGCUGAAAUGAAAGGUCAUUUGGACCUUCAAGGCCAUUUGUGGUGUGUUGGAGAACACAACAGGGUGCUUAGGUACAGAGGAAACACAUACUUUCUUCAUGGCAUUUGCCUCUAAUCUUGGAAACUCAUGUAGUUGUUUUCAUGUGAAUUUGAUAGUUAAGAACCGUUAAAUAACAAUUUAGUCACAUAUGUCAAAUUAUCUAAGGAUUCUUAACUAUUAAUGUCGCGUGAAGACAACUGUAUCCGAGUAUCUUUACAAAAUCAUUCAACCUCUAUUCUAUGAUUCUUAUUCUUUCCAUAGCUUUUGUUGUCACAAACAAAUAUUCAAUUGCAAAUUAUCUUGUGUAUGUGCCCA